AGUUGAAAACUUAAAUAGACACUGAAUGCAGGUCAAUGCUUGUCGAACAGUGGUUCGGAGAUACUCGGCGAUUCUGGGAGGGACAAGUCAGGAUAUUUUGAUCCACUUGUACAACUUGAUGAUCUGAUGCUUCUUAGUGGCAUCAUGGACAGAGAGGCUGGAGAUUCAUUGGAUGUUUCUAGCUGCGCUGACUGUCAGUGUGUUUGGCCAGACAAUCCGACUGGCGUCCCCACUGGACAACGGAGUUGGGAGACUUGAGGUGUACUAUAACGGCAUGUGGGGCACGGUGUGUGACGACAGCUUUGGUGUAGAGGAAGCUACCGUGGCCUGCAGACAACUAGGACGAUAUAACAGUGGACAUACACCGAGGGCGAUUGAAACUUUCGGUUUUGGAGGAGGGAAGAUUUGGUUGGAUGACGUCAGUUGCUCCGGUACCGAAUCAUCUUUGGCCAGCUGUUCACACAAUUCAUGGGGCGUCCACAACUGUGGCCACGGUGAAGAUGUUGGCAUCAUAUGUGAUCCAAGUGACAUAACGAUGAAGCUUUCAAGUUACAAAAGUGGGCUCCUCCAGGUAUUCCACUCCGGUAGCUGGGGAACAGUGUGUGAUGAUGGCUUUGGACAAGUAGAAGCGUCAGUGGUGUGCAGGGCUCUGGGGUACCAAGGAGGGAAGGUAAUCAGUGGAAGCAGUUCCAUUAAAAUGUGGCUAGAUGACGUCCAGUGCACGCUGCUGAACACAGAUCUAAAGUACUGCAAGCACAGACCAUGGGGGACGGACAACUGUGGCGAUUCUGAAGCUGUUGGUGUCGAGUGUUUUUCAUUUCCUGAAGAGGCUACAGCGGCAAGACUGGUCUCCUCCACCACCAACAUGCCAGGUGAUGGAGUUCUGGAGCUGUACUAUAGCGGACAGUGGGGAAGAGUCCACUACUCUGGGUUUGGAGUUGAAGAGGCAACAGUUGCUUGCAGAAUGUUGGGACACAACACCUAAUCUUCAAAUACGCUUGAAUUCGACAACUUCUGGACGUGGUCGAGUAGAAGUACUACACAACAAUGUCUGGGGAACAGUCUG